UUUUGUCAGCCUUUGGACUUAAAUUAUUUUCUUAACAGCUGACCGUCGUCUGCAGCCUGCUUGUUUUCUAUUUCCAUUCCAUUCCAUUUUGUUUUGCUUUUGCUUGCUUUGCGGCUGUCGGCUGUCCUUUCCUUCCAACUUGUUUUGUUACAGUACAAGUUUCCAGGUUAUAAGAAAUUCUCUUUAAUUAGUGAUAUGUUUAAAGUUGUGAAAAGUGCACUGAAUAAGCAAAUAUUGUUCAGUAAACAAGGGAGUAGAUCGGUAAAUUGUCUAGGACUAUUAGCAAGAGGACUUUCAACCACAAACAUGAAUCUCGAACGAGCAGCUGAAGAACUUCAAAACAACCCAUACUUUGAUAAAUAUGCAGAGAAAAUUGCACAGCUACAGAAAACUUCUCCUGAGGAAUUUAUGGCUCGAUUGAAGGAAAAUGAAGAAAGGAAAACCCCUAAGAAACAAGACAACAUUUCAAAAUCUACACCCAUGGCAGGAUUACCAGGUAAAGCAAAAGCUGGAUCUGUACCAUUUACUAAACCUAAACUGCUCUCUGAUGUUAUGAAGACAGAGUUAAUCGAAGGAAAGUCUGCUGAUGAAAUUAGAGAUAUAUGGAUUGAAUAUCAUAAAAACAAAGAUUGCAUUGCUGCUUCAGUUCCUGUGGCUAAGUUUGAGUUAAUUCAAAGUCGAGGAGAAAAAUUCCCCAUAUUCGUUUUGCCUCUACCUAGAGACCAAGGCUAUGAAUUCAUCAUGUGCCAGUUUGCUGGGAAUGAAGUUCAUUUCACACCCCUAAUAAGCUAUCAAACGCACAAAGAAAAUGCUCCAGAAUGCUUAACAAUGAUCUAUUAUCCAGAUUUAAAAGAUCACAAAGAUAUAGUUCUUAUGAAAGGAGAGUUCAAUAAGGAUAUUUUAACUGUCGUAGAAGCUCAGUGCCUAGCUAACGAAUUGCAGUUGUACUAUGGCGAAGAAAAUGAGAAGAGGACAGGACUUUUAGAAAGAUUUACUCACAGUCCAGAAGAUUUCAAACAUAUGGACCUGAUUGCUAACUUGGAAACCUUAUCAUUUUAAGGUUAGUAAACUGCCCAGAUCCUUGGACUUGAUGGAGUUUUGGCCUAUCAAUCAAAACUUAUGGAAUAACCUUGUCAUUUUUUAUGAGAAAAGUUAUAAAUCUAUGAUUUAAGUUAAA